ACUGUUGAUCUUCAACUAACCCUCAUGGCGCCUCACCAACCGUUAACAUCAGAAAUUCUGAUAACAUGGACCGACUUUCCUUUCUUUUUCGUUUUCGUCGACUUUUGCCUUGCCGUUUUGCCUCCAGUUUCUGACCCUUUUCCCCUAUCCGCUCUUUCACACUGUUUUUCACUCUCUGUCAUGUCGCUCUUUUAAACAAACACCAACUAUAUUCUAUCUGACGAUAUCUUGACCAAUCAAUCAAUAUGAAUCCUUCACUUAAUGCCACAAUGAACGACGCUCCUUUCCUUAUCCCACCCACCCGGUUCCUGUUCCAACCUGCCCAUCGACCCAAACACGACAUUGGCACCCUACUAAGUCCAGGUCGUCGAGGACUUGUCGAACUCGUACAACGCGAUCUCACGUGUGCGAGCGACGAAACAACAUGUACACAAGGAAGCUGGUGUUGCGGAUUCGGCUCAACGUGCUCGCUUGAUAACGGCGCCUUUUUCUGUUGCCCUCCGGAGGCUGGCCAAGACGGGUGUGCAAGGGUUUGCGCCACUGGUGAUUUCCAAUGUGGAAAUGUUUGCUGCGCUGACGGGCAAACAUGCAUGGGCGCCGACUCUGGAUCCCCUUACUGUGUGAAUCCUAGCACCACCAGCAACACUUUGAUGAGCAACGUUGCUCUUCCGACAACUCCCACAACAACGGCUUUGAUCAGUUCGACGGUUGCACAAGCAACGCCAACCAUGAUGACAACUCCAUCUUCCUCAGCUUCUACAACAUCAGAUACCUCCAUAUCCGUAUCUUUCAGCGGGAUACCCAUGGCCGCCCAAAUCUCCAUCGGGGUCAUCGUCCCCGUAUUCUGCAUCUUCCUCGUCUUCGGUCUCUGGAUGGUGCUCUUCCGGCGGUCCAAGUCCCGCCGACUCUCAAUGGGAGACGCGCCCGGUGAAUUCCCGCCCCGCUUCCACGUCGUUGCUCCUUCAGACUUGGACCGCCCAUCAAGCUACUACCCGACUACGCCACCACCGGCCUAUACCAAAUCCGCCACCACGCUCGAUUCGACGGUUCCCGCGGCCUCUUCGGCUGCCACUUCGGUGUAUGGUAACGAGUCGCUUUCUCCGGAGCAAGGGAUGGAGAUGUCGACUUUGAGUGUCCCCUUAUCACCGUCGCCCAGGUUGCCGCCGCUGGAUCAGAGGUUGAGUGUGAUGGAUGUGAGGCUGUCGGUGGCGAGCACGACGGUUGGGACGCCGGAGCAUGAGAAUCAGGCUGGACAUUGGCCGGAGGCGGAUGGUAUGCAUCCCGGGUCGCCGGUGGAUCCCUCAAGGGCCACGGUGUAUUAUCCGAGGCAUACGGUCGAUCAGUCGGUCGAUCAUAAUGGUGUGCGCCCGGGGACAGCGCUGUAGUGAGUUGGUGCACGAGGAGAAGGAACAGGAACACCUCGCGUAUAACAACAGGAGGAACGGGGAAUGAAAAUCUACGGUUAAUGAGCUACACAGAGGCUCUUUUUUCUUUAUACGUUUUUAAGCUUCAUGUAUCAAAGAUUUGCAUGUCUUAUGGUGCUGGCGUGGGUGUUGGAAGGAAUGGGAUAAGAUUGGAGCGUUUAUGUAAAGUUAGGAUAUACCCUUAAUGUUUUAUCUCGUCAUUUUGCUCAGUCGUAAAUGUCAAAAAUCGAAGUGGUC